UUGGUCUCGCGUAAACCAACGAUUCCGCCCAGCUGGUUCGGUCCCAACGUUCGCGUACUCGACUUGCCACCUGCAUACUCCGAGACCCUUCAGCUCAAGCUCCACGGAAGACCCCACUGUCUGCUCCUACACAGGCGUCAAGGCAAAAACUCGUCGUCUGUAGGCCGUCUCGAAAAUAGUCUCGACGAUCCCCGCGGCAGCUUCCAUCACCCGAUGCUCAGCUGGGUUCAGAUUGUGUGCGCGCCCACGGCGGACACGCCGGGGGCGUGCGUUCUGCUGCACUUUGACAAUCGGCGGUACAUAUUUGGCCACAUCGCUGAGGGCUCGCAGCGGGUGAUGAACCAGCGGAAGGUCGGCCUCAGCAAGCUGGACGAGUUGUUCCUCACCGGGCCUGUGACAUGGGGGACCACUGGCGGUCUCAUGGGCAUGAUUCUGACCAUCGCUGACGUUGUAGCUCUGCGAUUGGCACCGAAUGAUAGUGCAAAGAAACAGAAGAAGAAAAAAGACCAAGGGCUAUCCUUCAUACCGAGCCUGAAAAUACAUGCAGCCGAAAACAUAAUGCAGGUGCUCGCCACCGCCCGAAAAUUUAUUUUCCGAAAAGGCUUGCCUUUGGAGCUUCAUGAGUUAAGCCACCAGGCAGCACAGGAAAGAGCGGAGCAGAGAGCCCCGGAUUUCGAAGACGCCAACGUCAGGGUCUGGUCUGUGUCUGUGAAACCAGAAGGGCAGCCCAAGUCGCAGGGCCGUAAGAGAAGCCACGACGAUAUGCUUGCAGACGGCAACGGCCAGGCGAGUGGUCAAAAACUAGACGACCAGCAGCUGGAGACAAAUCGCCAGAUCGUCAAGUCCGUCGUCGACCACAUGUUCGACUCAGACUGGGAACUUGACGCCCUCGUCGAGACGACAUUGCACAAAGUCAAGCUUCCGGCCAAAAUCUUUGUCAAGGGCCCAGAUGGCGAGAUGACUAGUUACAAGGGCCCCAUGCCGGGAGACGCUCGCCCUGUUCCAGACAUACCGGUUUUUACGCGUACUCCAUGGCCAGCAACCAGAAUAACACAAUUACCCCCUACAUCACCUUCGAAACAGUCCCUGUCCUACAUUGUCCUUGAGCAACCACGAAGGGGAAAGUUCAAAGUACAAGAAGCUUUAAGACUCGGGGUGGCCAAGCAUGAUUUUAAGAAGCUCACCGCCGGAGAGACAGUCAAGGGCGCAGAUGGAGUAGACGUGACUCCAGAGAUGUGUGUCGAGGAAACCAUCCAAGGUCGUGGCUUUGCUGUGAUUGACCUGCCUGACCUAUCCUACGUAGAGCCAUUCUUGGCUCGGCCGGAGUGGACCACAGAGUCGCUUGUCAAGACUAUUGAUGUCAUCUACUGGAUACUAGGGCCCAAAGUCGUCCAAGACCAACGGAUACAAGAAUUCAUGAAGAGUCGCCAGCAAGUUAGGCAUAGUGUCUUCUCGCCGGAUGUCAGUCCUAAUUACGUUUCCAUGGAAUCUGCAGCAGGCAACAUAAUCAAGUCGCACCAAAUAGAUCCCGAUCGAUUUCCUCUACCGGUCUACAGCAAUCAGAAUCCAGGGGAACAUUCAGAUGUCUUUGUGGCAGCACGACCAGGUGCCAAGGUGCAACUGGCGCCCCGGGUCAUUUUCCAGGACGAAGAGACUCUGCCACCAAUGGAUACGGUAGGCCCUGCGCGGAGUAUGGACAAACAGGUACAAGAUCUGGCAGAUCAAGCCAGAACGAAACUUUUCGACCCCGAAUUCCUGGACGAGAUCGAGAAGACGGAGCAGGAUAUUCCAAACCGCGACGCGGAGAUCAUCCCGUUAGGUACAGGCUCCGCACUCCCUUCUAAAUACCGUAAUGUCUCCGCAACCAUUGUACGAGUGCCCGGCUACGGCAGUUAUCUCUUUGACUGCGGCGAAAACACACUCGGCCAGCUCCGCCGCAUGUACGGCUAUGACGGUACGGAUGAGAUCCUCCGCGACCUGAAAGUUAUUUGGAUCAGCCACCUGCACGCCGACCACCACCUAGGCACCGCGAGCUUCAUCAAGGCCUGGAAGGACGCCACUGCCUCCGUCCAAAGCCGGCUGGCUGUCGCAUCUCACAUCAACAUGCUCGACUGGCUGCGCGAGUACGCCGACAUCGAGGACUACGGCUUCGAUCGAUUGCGACUGAUCGAGAUCAGGGGCUACGGUAAGGCCGGAGCCAAGCAGAACUCUUUCAUCUGCAACGAGAAACUCGCGCGUGAGAUGGGCAUCACACAGAUCGACGCUGUACGCGUGGAUCACUGCUUCGGCGCACUGGCGUGCGUAUUUACAUGGCCGUCAGGCUUAAAGAUCGCGUACAGCGGUGACUGCCGGCCGUCGUCCGAGUUUGCCGAACUUGCGAGGGACUGCACUUUGCUGAUUCACGAGUCGACGCUGGACGAUGAGCUGAGAGGCGAUGCGCUGGCCAAGAAGCACUGCACCAUGAGUGAGGCACUCGGCGUGGCGAGGGAAAUGAGGGCCAGGAGGGUGCUGUUGACGCAUUUCUCGCAGAGAUACCCCAAGAUUGCGAACUCGUCAACGGGUGGCACAGGCGCGCCGGUAAAGGACCAGGUGGUCCUCAUGGCUUUCGACCAGAUGUGUGUCAAGCUGGGAGAUUUCAAGAAGGCAAACCUUUUCCUGCCUGCGCUGAGGAAGCUCUACGAGGAAGAUGCAGAUGAUGAGCCCCCAGCACUUGACUGA